AUGGAGUCUACAGCCAAGUACGACUAUGAAGCUGCAGCUGAUGGUGAACUCAGCUUCAGAAGGGGACAGUGUUUGAAGGUCCUGCAGACUAAUGGGAAUUGGUACAAAGCAGAACUCAAUGAAUUUGAAGGCUACGUACCCAAAAACUUCAUCGACAUGGAGCUGCCCAGCUGGUAUCAAGAGGACAUUAGUCGCAGUGAAGCUGAGAAGAAGCUUAUGUCACAGUAUACGGGGGCCUUUCUCAUACGAGCCAGCCAACAACAAGGCCGCGGGAACUUCUCCAUCUCUGUCAGGUGCGUUCAAGAUGUUCAGCACUUCAAGGUGAAGCGGGACAGCAGAUGGCAGUACUACCUCUGGUCUAAAAAGUUCCCCUCCCUCAACCAGCUGGUGGAAUACUACAGAAAAAACUCCAUCAACAAACAGGAACCAGUAUACCUACGAGACACACUGGAACCACGGCAACAGCAAAGACGGGGCUCAAAUAUUGUACUGCCUUCCCCCAAACCUGCCCGGAGGUCUGACCCCAGUCCUGCCCCUAGGCCUGACCCCAGUCCUGUUAAAAGUCCUGUCCUCAGUCCUGCCCACAAGCUUGCCCCUAGGCCUGACCUCAGUCCUGCCCCUAGUCCUGCCCCGAGGCCUGACCCCAGUCCUGUUCUCAGUCCUGUCCUCAGUCCUGCCCGCAAGCUUGCCCCAAGGCCUGACCCCAGUCCUGCCCCAAAGCCUGAUUCCAGUCCUGUUCGCAAACCUGUCCGUAAGAAUGCUCCAAAGUCUGAACCCAGUCCUGACCCUAGGCCUGAUCCCAGACCUUCCCCCAGACCUGCCCCCAGAUCUACCCGAAGUCCUGCCCCCAGGCCUGACGCCAGUCCUAUUUGCGGUCCUGCCCUCAGUCCUGCCCCAAGUCCUGACCCUAGUCCUGACCCUGCUCCUCGACCUGUACCUGCACCACGACAGCACAAAGCCUUCAUGCCGCAGGUCAAAGCUCUGUACGACUUCCAAGCCGUGGAGAAAGACGAGCUGGACUUCACCGCCGGCGACGUCAUCAAGGUCCUGGAGUGCUCGCAUGACAACUGGUGGAAAGGCCAGCAGGGUAAAACCGGCCUGUUCCCCUCCAACUACACAAAACCCAUCUAAGAGGAGCACAAACAAAGAGUGUGUCACAUCACAGUAACUCUGUCUACUGCUAAUUCAUGCAACACUCUAACUGGCUGCAAACUAACUCAAAUCAACACUCUCUUGUU